ACCCAGGUAGUUUUGAAUAAACUGUGAUCGUUGAAUGAAUAUGUUAGCGUUUGGGACACUGUGGGAUUAAUUAGCAAAUAUGUAUGUAGAGUUACGUACAAAUAUGUCUUUAAAAUCAAAACGUCAUGUUAUUGUGAUUUUAAUUUUCGUUACCAUUGUGACAUGUUUUAUAAGUAUGUCAAAACUUCGAAUAAUGGAGUAUCGUACUCAAAAAUGUGUUAAUAUAUUUAGAAAAGACAUUAGUUUAAUUGAGUCUAUAUUAGGGAUACAUAUAAACGGAGGUGAAGACUUUGGGAAAGCAUUACAACAACUCAUCAGAAACUAUACCGUGGGAGUGAAUCGGACGGUAUGGGAUAAAAAUCUAAACAAUUCGACACAAGAACAAAGCACAAAAAAACCGGAUGAAAUAAGAGAAACAGUAUGUGAUAAAUGUUUUACUCAUGAUUUUAAAUAUUUGAUAAAUAAUGAGAAAAUCUGUAAGAAAAAAAGCGACAACAACGACACAAUAGAUUUGUUUAUCAUGAUUUUGACAGUACAUAAGAACUUUGAACAACGUGACGUCAUUCGUAGAACGUGGCUGUCAUACUCCAAGAACAAUACUGGUAACGUACGUUAUGCGUUUUUGCUCGGCAAGCCGACAAAUGAUGAUCUUCACGAAAAAGUUGUACAGGAAAAUAACGUGCAUAAUGAUAUAAUAAAAGAAGAUUUUGUUGAUACUUAUAACAAUUUAACUUAUAAGACCAUAAUGGGAUUUAAAUGGGUUGUGAAAUUUUGUCCUACAGCUAAAUAUAUUCUCAAAACGGACGAUGACAUGUAUAUAAAUGUUCCAAAUUUCGUACAUUAUGUAAACACAUCUGGUGCAGAGUUAGAAAAUCAUUUGGUCGGUUCUUGUGAGAAAAUUGCAAGUCCAAUCAGGAACAAUGGUUCAAAAUGGUAUGCCUCCAAAAAAUCAUACAAAGAAAGACGGUUUCCUGGUUACUGUUCUGGGACUGGCUACAUUACAAGUUUCAAUAUAGUGAACAAAAUAUUUGCCAUAUCCCCUAAAAUUCCAUUUUUUCAUCUGGAGGACAUAUAUGUUGGUCUUUGUUUAAGGAAAAUUGGAGGAUCUGUAAAAAAUAAAGGAGGUUUUAAUCGAGGCAGGGUGAAAUUAGAUGCAUGUGUUUAUAAAGGUAAAACAAUGUUUACGUCACACCAAGUGACGGCUAAACAAAUGGAAACUAUAUGGAACUCGAAAUGUUAAUUGAAACUACUAAUUUGUAAUGCCACAUAUUAUCUAUUAUUUCUAAAUUACCGGUAUCUUUAUAUUCUUUAUACUUUAUAUCUUAACUGUUUCAAAGGCGUA